GGAGGGCUGGACUGGGGGCGGGCGGCGGGGACGGGCCCAUGGCCAUUACUAUUAUUCUGAUGGCCGUCAUCUUCAUUUGGAUUAUUAGACUAAGAGCCUUCAGGAUGUACUUAUCAACUAGGGUAAGACUACGGAGCAGGGUAAAGAGGAACAUCGAGGGUGCCUUCAGUCUUCAAUGACACUGAACUUCACGGGUCACCGCCAAAGAUGCAGCUUUCACUCUUAGAUUUCCCCCACUUGUAUUAAAAAUAAUUUUUCUUUCCUCUCCAUGGUCACGAUUUGUAAGCAGGAAGAUCAUUCGUGGGCUGACCCCGCUCCCAUCCCUACAAAACCACUGGUCAGAGUGCCCACGGUGCGUUUUGUCAGGUGGCCCUAAACCUGCAUCGUGGGUUUUGUUUUUUGUUUUAAAAUCUGGAAGGGAAAGGCUCGUUUAUAUGGUGGAAAACUUAGCUCUAGGAGCAGGAGAGCGGAAUCUUAACUUUGAGACCCGGCUGCGACUAGGGUAGAGGUCUUCUUAGCGGCAUUCAGGCUCUUUGCACCAGUCUGAGAACUUCCCCUGUUACUUCUAGGCGUUUGGGGCGCUGGAGUGGUGAGCCCCGCGGUGGGCGGCCCGGACCUGAGCACCUCUCGGCCAGGACGGGUCCGGGGCUUUACUGCCGGCGUUUGGUGGGCAGCAUAGCUGCUGCCCUGACCUCUGCGCACUCCGGGCUCCGCCGCCCUGGCCCUGUGGGUGUUCCCGUCUUCAGCCCCGACGCCGUGCCCGCCUGCCCGGAGCCGGGAGCAGAGCCUAGUGUUCCGCAGCUCCCUCCCGGAAGAGCCCAGGGGGGGAGCUGCGUCCGGGGGAUUUUUUUCCGAUUUCCAGAAACCCGUCUGCUAAAGCCUCCGAACCCGUGGAGAAGUGCGCGGGGCCCUGCUGCCCACCGCUCUAUUGGCGAACCUGAAAAGACGGGUGGUUGGCGCACCCAGACCCCUCUCUUGGGGUGGACCUAGCACUGGACUGGACGCCUUAAGCAGAUAUGGUUACCUCGGCAUCAGGCGCUUAAAAUCCUUUUUUUUUUUUUUUUUUUUUUUUUUUUUGUAGGGGCGGUCAACCCUUGGAAAAGUUUGAGUACUAUGAUUACGGGAAGUAGGAUGUGAACCAAGACUUACUAAAAUUAGCUCUCCCCCAACCCCUUGAGUCUCUCAGUUUGGAGGAUUUGGCUGGGGAGCCUUGCAGCCCUUGGUCUUCUUAUUCCUUGCAAAGCAUAAUGGAGAAAUCCUUUGAGCAUAGCUUUUCUUCAAGAUUGGGUCACCUCAAAUCCCAGCGUGCUCCAGCCUGGCUGUUGCUUCCUGAGGGAAUCUGCAAAAUGUCACUUUAAGGAAUAGCUAAUAUUCCCGGUGGAGGAGGUCUUGCAGACCAGUCACCAAGGCUAGGGUGAGGUUGUGAAGACUAGGAGAGCUGGAGAGACCACCCCAGACCAACUUCAUAUACUUAAUGCAACUCUGAGCCCCCUUGAAUUUGUAACUUACCUUCCCUUAAUUAAUCUGCCCAGGGCCUGUAUAUAAAUGGCUGUCCACAGCUGCUGCAAAUUGAUUUAUCCCCUGAUAAAGGUCGGGUUGCUGACCAAAGCAUUUUCUUUCUACCUUAUGUGUGAAUUGAAAUCUGUUUUACAGGGGUUUUUUCCCCUCCUGGUCUCCUUUUAAACAUCUGUACCAUUUUUAGGUGUGCUCAGUGGCUUUUAUUAUCAUACCCCCCCCCCCCUCACCCCUUUGCAUAGAGCAGAGUGAAACUGGGUCGGUGCCCAGUGAAUCCACACUCACUAGAAUACAAAUUGACCGGCUUCUCUGUGAUAAAUGGUUUGUUAGUGUUGGGGGCCUCCUUUUAGUUUAUUGCAGCAUUUGCCUUGACCAUGUGAGUCUUCUGUCCUGCCCAGUUUCUCCUGUCACACAGUUCCUUAGCAAAGGUUGACAAACACCAUUGUUUCUUAAACCAGCAUAGCCCCAACCGGGGUGUUUAUGUCAGCUGUGAUGUGUACAAGCAGAAGCAAAUUCAUAAUUCUAUGGAUUUCCCUACUUUGUUUGGCUUUAAAAUGUAGUCUAGUUUUAACAUCAUGGGGCUUUUAGAUAACAUAGGUGGGGCUAUCUGAUUUCUUUUUCUUUUUUCUUUCUUUUACAGAUUGUUGUUUUUUAAGGGAGGUCUGACAGUCUUACCCAGUGUUAAUCAUGGAAUCUCAGUUUGAUCCAGGCUUUUUUUUUUUCCCCAGCUAGGAUGGAUGUCGAAGUCUAUCGUUACUUUACAUGUACUGUAUUUAGCAUUUGGUAUUUCCUUGGUUUAUUCUUUCAAAAGACAAAAUUCCAACCAAAUAACCAAAGGAUCAAGCUUAUUCUGGGUGCAUGGCAACUGACUUUAAGAUUAUGCUUAAGAGAAGAGCUUUGUAUUAAAAAUCUUUGUUUAAGCCAGUUAGACAGCAGACACUUUAUUUGAAAACCUAAAUAUUGAGUGGGAGAAUUUGAAUAUGUAGUUUCUCCAGUGUCUAGGUUCAUACCUAAAAAUCAUCUGUGACUCACUAAUACCUGCUAAUAAUUUGAUUUUAAAAUGAUCUUUGAGGACCUUUUUUGAUAAGAAACAUUCUACUUUGCAACACAAUGCAAACUGCACUAUUACUUGCAAGUUGCUGGAAAUGGGCGAGUAUGUGUUGCAGCUAUAGGACAGCAGCUUUUUAUCGUUUUUACAGUUUUCCCUUCCUAAAGAAAAGUAAAAUAUUGCUCUUGAUGCUGGUAUUUCAUGAUGAGCUAUUUGAUUGAGGCUGUGAGUCUAAAUAUUUGCAGAUAAAAGAGCACUUCAAAAUUUGUAAAGAAUACGCAAAUGUAAAGUGCCAUUAUCAUUUAUUUUAUUGUAAUGUAGAAGCUUAGCAAAAUAAAAAAAACUUUUUAAUACAUUGAAAAGGGAUCACCAGAAAGCAGUGCUUCCAAUAGGAAUGCUGGUCAGUGGCUGUCAGUUUAGGACAUUCUUCACUGUCAAAUCCUGUUUCUCACUUCUUUGAUAUGAACAUCAGCUGACAGGCACUGAAUGCAAAGCCUUCUUCAUUGAGGUUUUAUGCAGGCAGCAUGGCCCUUCAUAGUGAAGCAGUCUGAAAAAUUGGCACCUGCAGGAUUUGCAUGUGAAAAAAAAAACCCGAUUCAGUUGCAUUUUACCAGAGUCUAUUACUGUAAGUUAUGUAAGUUCAAUGAGAAAAGAUAUUUAUUUGUUGCUGUUUGGGCAAGUAAAAGUGCUUUGUUUUAUAUACACCUUAUGAGUCAUGUAGCAUUCCAUAGACUUUAUUGAUAGCAGAAGUAGGAAGAAGUGAUCUUUGGCUUUAUAGAAGUUAUUUAUUAUGGAGUAGAGCUAUUUUUAACCAUGUGCUCACAGAGUGCACUUACAUUCAUAGUUAAUUUUUUAGAUGUUCCUUAAAAUGGUGAACUCAUACAACUUUCAGAAUAAUGUAUAUGAAGUUAAAUACAUAAAAUUAGAUUAACAUAAAUAUCUUUUGAAAUGAUCUAGGAUUUUAAGUUCCAUAGUCAAAUAACAAGUUAAAAUCUGUAAGAAAACAAUUAAAUCUUUCAUACUUUUAAUGCUCAGGAAAAUGUUAAGUUUCUUACUGUACUUGUUAAAGUGUCACUAAAAUGCCUUUUAAAAAUACUAUAGUUGGCCUUAUUUAUGCAAAACAACUAUCAAAUGUUAAAUCAACUAAGACACCUUUGUGAACUAUUACUGGGAACACUUUAUUCAGCAUAAGUUAUUACCUAAAGAGAUACCUCCCAACUUCACUUUUUUUACAGCCAUUAAUAUAAGAGUUCCUAAAUAAUGUUUAAAGAACAGUGAACAUUUUAUUAAAGCAAACAUUAGUCCAGUUUAAUGGAGGUAAUUGUAAGUGAUAAGACAGAGCAGGUUAUCUCUGUGUUGUUUAAACAGAAGGAGCUACUUUGCACCAUUUCCAGUAGCCAUCUGUAGAAGAGAAGGGUUUGCACCUGUCUGUCCACACUAAUUAUAGAUUAGGGCCAAAGAAAUGAAAUUUGAGGAGGUUUUCAGCUAAUGAAAUCCAUACUGAUUUUAUUGUAAAUGUGUUUUAUGUACAGAGGGUGGUGGUUGAGUUAUGAGUGAAUAAAUUGCUACGUAGCUGCUAGGCACUUGUUUUUGGAGCACAAUUCUGCUGCAUUAACCUUUGGUAUUAAAAAAAAAGACAAACAACUUAGAGACGGAUGCUAGCCUUUGUUUGGCAUCCAUAGCUACCAUUUAGUGGGGAGCAGUGAGGUUCAGGGUGCAAUUUAGAAGUGUGCUGUAAAAGCUGCUUAAAUGUUAAGAAUAUUCUAAUAUUUUGAAAUGCAGAUGAGGUAGAAGGUAGGUUUUAACAUAUGUAUGUAAAACAUCAGAAAAUUAGAAAGCCUUUUCCCCCCUGCAUCUCAGUUUCACAUAAAUGAGAAAUUGAAGUAAAAUAAGUGAGGAAUUCAUGCCUCAAUAAAAGGUCGCAUGGAUGUCUACCACAUCUGUUUAUAGUAAUUAUGAACAUAAUUAACAUAAGAAUUACAAAUGAAAUAAUGACAAGCUGAGCAAUGAGAUAUUGUGCAAUAAUGGUCAUAUGUUGGAAUUCUCACAUUAUAGCACACUAGAAUUCACAUACUCAAAGAAAGAAAGAAGAGACUAGAUAUUUAUCUGCAUUAAUGCUUCAAAACUUAUCUGCCUGGGCAGAUGGACUUCUUGCUUUUAUAGGAAAGUAACCUAUUAUUAAGAAAAGAACUAGUUGCAAUUAAGAUUUCUAGUUGCCAGCCUGGACUUUAAGACAGCUGUGAUUAUAGAAACCACUUUCUGUGGUACACUUAUUCUGUGAUGGUAGGUCUUGAUUAUUAUAUUGCUAUUUUUUUUUAAUAAACUGAAAGCUUUGCAGCAAAGUAUUUGCUUUGGAAAAGAGUCAUGAAUUCUUCCCAUUAGAGAAUUGGUUGAUCUUUUCUAUAACUGUGAGUCAAAAGUCAAUGAACAAACAAGGUAGUAAUGGAAAUAUUGUGCCUCUACGAAAUAAGAACACUGGCAGAUUAGCCUUUGCACAGUUUUCUUCAUGUCUUCAGUGUUUGGAUGCUUUUAAAAGAAAAAAAAUGUAAGCCUUUUCUGGAUUUGAAAGUACUGCUUUGCUUUUCUCUCUUUUGUUUAAAUACCAGUUUUUCAAAGAACAUGCAAUGGUAAAACCAGUGGGCAUUUGUCAAUUGUAUCUUUUUUCUUCCUAGAGUAGCAACAGAUUUAUAGGCAUUUACAUGGAAUCUGUCCAAACUGAUCUAACUAAAGUGUAAUAAAGGGGAAGGUAUGUGUGGUUGGGUUUGGUUACUCUGAAUACCAUUUUCUAAAGCUAGGGAAGUGAAAGGUAACCUUUUAUGAAUGCUAAAAUGAUACUUUUUAAAGUGGUCACUUUUUGAAGGUGUUGGAGAAGCAGGACCUUGUUCUCCUCUCAGUGCUCCCGCUUUUCCGUGUUACUGGACCUGUGGAAGAUUGUGGCGGACCCCUUUCUCUGCCACACUCAGUGCAGAGGUGUUCCACACAAGCCCUUCUCUCACCUCUGCCCAGCUUUUUUCACUUGGCCUGACCUGUCAACCCUCCCUUAGUUCUUUUCUUGGGGUGGGAGCAUGGGGUGGAGGGUGUGAAUCCACUGCACCUAAAACUGUUUUUUGGCUAGGUGUUUUGGAGGGGAAUGCUUGAUUAAAGAAUGCUCCUCCUCAUUUUCUGAAGGACUUCUUCAAAUUUGUCUCCUUGUGGGGACACUCUCUUGCUCAUGUAUGUUGUUUUUGUCCUGCUCAUUAGCAUUACUCCGUUACUCCCUUCACCUCUACCGUUUUUGUCUCUAUGUUGAGACCCCAUGCAUAAAUUGUUUUAUGCGAGUCAAGGGCAAUUACGCAGUUCACUGGCUAUUUUAUUCUAAAUUCAUCCUCCAUACUGCACUGAGAGCCUCUUAACAUAACCAAACACUACCCCCCCCCCCCCCCCCAAAGUAACCUUUGCUACAUUAGCUGCACUCAGUUAAGGAUCUAAUCAGAUAUUCAGAUUGUCUGGUGCCUGCAUUUAAAAAUGAAAAGGUGCUACUACUUAACUACCCAGAUAUCUCUCCCUCCUAACCCUGAAGGGGUCUGGUCUGGUGGACCAGCAUUAGCCCUGCUUGUUCCCUGAUUGAUUCUUAGGCUCUGGGUGGGUGAAGAGCUGUGAGGCAGCUCAAGCAGAGAUUGAUUGCCUCAAUUUCAAAUUCCCACCUCCAAAAUAGACUCUGAGAUGUACACACAAGGAACCUCCUCCCCAACACAAUUUCUGGAGGUGGAGCAGAUGUCUACAGGAGUCACCUGUAGCUACCAAUCACAAGUGGCCCUUUAUAUCACAGAAAUGCUGGCAGCCCAAGUCUUCUGGUUGGACACAUUAAAGCCCAAGGAAAGAUGUUUAAUAUCUGCCUGUAUUCGUCUCUGUUGUGGGUUUGUGUGGGGGUAGGGUGGGCUGGGGUGAGUCUGUGUAUAAUUUAGGAGUGUUGGGGUCAGCAAAGAAAGGGGCAAGAACUUCCCCUUGAGGUUGGUCUGCAAGGCGGUGUUACUGCUCCGAGGACUCAGCUAGGUUUGUUUUGCAAAUUGGGGCUAUUUGGAUGCAGGUAAGAUGGUGAAUGUCUCAUUGUUAUGCUCUGUUGUGAGAGAGCUCUUGAUCUCCCUCUGACCUUGACAGAGCCUCCAAAAGGUUCACGGGCUAUCCCUGGAGCAGGGAAAUUCAGUUUGCUGGGAUGAAUUCCUGUCUUUUUUCUCAGAGUAGGGACAGAUUUGGGAAUGCAGGAGACUCCCAGCCCUGCAUUCUCACCCAGCUGUGGGCCACCUCCAAGGUACCCCCACUAACCACCCCCAUAUGGUGGCCUGAUCCCACCCCCCCCAUUAUUCCUUCAGGGUUUUUUUUUCUUCCAGUUUGUGUCUCUUCUCCUACUUUCCCUCUCUCUCCUGCUCUGUCUUACACGCACCCUCUGUUUAUUUUCCUGCCUCCAUCUGGGCCCUGCUGAUAUUGUAAUCACCCUGAUGCACGUUGGCUUCUCUCCUCUCCCUCCUGCGCUCACACACUCACUCACACACAAUGUGCCAUCCUGACAAGCCUUUUACUUCUGAUAAGCUCCGAUGUGUGUUUAAUGAAUACAAAGCCACGGUCUGGGUGCCGCCUCGGCUGCGUAGCCUCUCUUGCUCUCCUUUGCCAGAAGAAGUCGAUAAGAACAGGAGAAGUGAAGAUGUAACAUGUUAUCUGUCGCUCCUCUUAGCUGGCAGAGAGAAUUUACAUUUAAAGAUUAGCAGAGGGAGGAAGAGAAAUCUGCCUUUUGUUGUAUGGGUGAGGAGGAGCAUCAGCCCUGGCCUGGCCGCUAUCUCCCAUCACCUCUGCUAUCCAGACUGGACACACCAAGAUCGGACUGAGAAGCACUCCACGAUGCCAGACUCACCUGUGGAUGUGAAGACUCCAUCUAGGCUGACUCCUCCCACGAUGCCACCACCCCCAACAACUCAAGGAGCCCCUCGAACCAGUUCAUUUACACCGACAACAUUAACUAAUGGCACAAGCCAUUCACCCACAGCCUUGAAUGGUGCCCCCUCGCCGCCCAAUGGCUUUAGCAAUGGGCCUUCCUCUUCUUCCUCUUCUUCUCUGGCUAAUCAACAGCUGCCCCCAGCCUGUGGCGCCAGGCAACUCAGUAAGCUGAAACGGUUCCUAACUACCCUGCAGCAGUUUGGCAAUGACAUUUCGCCAGAGAUAGGAGAGAGAGUUCGCACCCUCGUACUAGGACUGGUGAACUCUACUUUGACAAUUGAAGAAUUUCAUUCCAAACUGCAAGAAGCUACUAACUUCCCACUGCGACCUUUCGUCAUCCCAUUUUUGAAGGCGAACCUGCCCCUGCUGCAGCGCGAACUCCUGCACUGCGCCAGGCUGGCCAAACAGAACCCUGCCCAGUACCUCGCCCAGCACGAACAGCUGCUUCUGGAUGCCAGCACCACCUCACCUGUUGACUCCUCAGAGCUGCUUCUCGAUGUGAACGAAAACGGGAAGAGGCGAACUCCAGACAGAACCAAAGAAAAUGGCUUUGACAGAGAGCCUUUGCACUCAGAACAUCCAAGCAAGCGACCAUGCACUAUUAGCCCAGGCCAGCGGUACAGUCCAAAUAACGGCUUAUCCUACCAGCCCAAUGGCCUGCCUCACCCCACCCCACCUCCACCUCAGCAUUACCGUUUGGAUGAUAUGGCCAUUGCCCACCACUACAGGGACUCCUAUCGACACCCCAGCCACAGGGACCUCAGGGACAGAAACAGACCUAUGGGGUUGCAUGGCACACGUCAAGAAGAAAUGAUUGAUCACAGACUAACUGACAGAGAAUGGGCAGAGGAAUGGAAACAUCUUGACCAUCUGUUGAACUGCAUAAUGGACAUGGUAGAGAAAACAAGGCGAUCUCUCACUGUGCUGAGGCGAUGUCAGGAAGCGGACCGGGAGGAACUGAAUUACUGGAUCCGGCGGUAUAGCGAUGCUGAGGACUUAAAAAAGGGCAGCAGCAGUAGCAGCAGCCACUCCAGGCAGCAGAGUCCCGUCAACCCAGACCCAGUUGCAUUAGAUGCACAUCGGGAAUUCCUUCACAGGCCUGCUUCUGGAUAUGUGCCAGAGGAGAUCUGGAAGAAAGCUGAGGAGGCUGUUAACGAGGUGAAGCGCCAGGCGAUGACUGAGCUGCAGAAGGCUGUGUCCGAAGCUGAGCGGAAAGCCCACGACAUGAUCACGACGGAGCGGGCCAAGAUGGAGCGUACAGUUGCUGAGGCCAAGCGGCAGGCGGCGGAGGACGCGCUCGCUGUCAUCAAUCAGCAGGAGGAUUCUAGCGAGAGCUGCUGGAACUGUGGCCGCAAAGCAAGUGAAACCUGCAGCGGCUGUAACACGGCCCGAUACUGUGGCUCGUUUUGCCAGCACAAAGACUGGGAAAAGCACCACCACAUCUGUGGACAGACCCUGCAGGCCCAGCAGCAGGGGGACACACCUGCGGUCAGCUCAUCUGUCACGCCCAACAGCGGGGCCGGGAGCCCCAUGGACACACCACCAGCAGCCACCCCAAGGUCAACCACCCCGGGGACCCCUUCCACCAUAGAGACAACCCCUCGCUAGAUGUGAACUCAGAACUGUCAGAGGAAAGGCAACACGACCAACAUGAAACCAAUUCUUCAUCCUCAGAUGCUCAAAGUUCUUUUAUUUUUGUUUGUUUGUAGAUGAACUUUCCUAUUUCAGUACUUCAGCAAGAGAGAACCUAACCGUGUCUUGAGGCGGUAGUAAAACAGAGGGCCAGUAACGGGUCGUAAUGACUUAUUGUGGAUAACAAAGAUAUCUUUUCCUUAGAAAAGAGAGCAGAGAAUAUAACAUGAAAUGAUAGAUUUGACCUCCUCCCUGUUAUUUUCCAGUAGCUGGGAUUUUAAACUAGAUGACCUCAUUAACCGAUGCUUUACCAAACAGCAAACCAAGAGAUUGCUAAUUGCUGUUGAAAGCAAAAUGCUAAUAUUAAAAGUCACAAUGUUCCUGAUAUACAAUAAUGGAAAAAAAUAGAGGAAAACCCUCAAGGGCAUGAGCAUUGGCUACAGUGGUAGACAUUUUAACAAGAAGAUGAAUGGCGUCCAUGGGUUGCUAACUGAACUUUGAAGACCCGCUACAAAACACGCAUAUGUGCAGCAUAUUGGAAGGAGAAACAGAUGUUCGGUUUUUUCCUGUUUCUGAAAAGAAAUAAUAUCCAGGUCAACAGAAUGAAAAAUGAAAGAUGAUUUGCAGUGGGAUGUAUGAAUACAGCAGCAAGAAAAAAAAUGCCAUAAUACAAAAGGCUCCUUUAUAUACACACACACACACGCGCACACACACACACAAGUUAAGAGACGCAGCCUGCAGUUAAUUAGCAUUCUGGCAGCUUUGACAUCAGCCAGCUGCCCUAAAUAACCCUUCAACGUUUGUUCACUUUUGCAAGAUUCCACAGAGUAAGACAUU